CACCUAGCAUCGUUAACCGACGUUGCUGCUUGGAAUCCUCCUCAACGCCGGAACUCGACGGUCGCAAACAGCUGCUACGUACACUUAGCUUGCCAAAGACGAAUCAUAAACCUUCAGAAGCCACAAGCGGAGAGAGUAAGGGAGAGGAAGAUCAGAGAUCAUGGAGAGCCUGUGCCAGCUUCCUGCCGCUCCCAACACGCUCGCCUUGUCGAGGGGCCUGGCCAAUGGCCGCCGGAACUUGGCCCUGCAGGCAAGGAUGAACAAUGGCAGCGCAAGCUUCAGCCACGGAAAACAGACGAUUUCCAUCGACACACGGAGCAAGAGACGUGCCGGAAUCGCUCUCAAAGCAACGCAAUCUCCACAAGUCGAAUUCACAAAAGAAUCCCAGAUGCCAACCCUCUCGUUGAAGGAUGAGGAGGAAAACGAGAGGUGGGAGACGCUGGUUAAGGAAAUCAAAGAGAUCUUCCGGUCGAUGAACGACGGCGAGACGAACGCUUCGGCUUAUGACACUGCGUGGGUGGCUAGGAUUCCGUCCACGGAGGAACCGAGCAGGCCUCACUUCCCGCAGACUGUCGAUUGGAUUCUCAAGAACCAGUUGGAAGAUGGCUCUUGGGGAGAGCCCACUUACUACCUCGUCUUCGAUCGAUUGAUUUGCACUCUGUCAUGCGUCCUUGCACUUAAAACCUGGAACGUUGCAGAAGAUCAGAUCGAGAAAGGUCUAAAUUACUUGAGGAAUCAUGUGGAUGAAAUAGAGACCGCGAGCGAGAGUCUGAUAACUAGCGGAUUCGAGGUUGCAUUUCCUUCCAUGUUGAACGAAGCCAAGACUCUGGGCAUCGAUCUUCCAUAUGAUCGUCCGUCCAUUCAAAAAAUUGUCCAAUUUAGGGAAAAGAAAAUGAGCAGGUGA